UUUAAACUUUUAAAGCACUAUUUUACUGCUUGGGGUGCGCAAGUUAAGUGUGAUGUUUUGGCUGCAUGUUUUUAAAAAAUCCCUCUCACCGCCACCGACACAUCCUCUGAGGAGUGAUGGGUUCUAAGUUGACCAGACGGAGAAGUCUCGAUCUAGAAGCCAAAGUGUCCAAGAGGAGACGCCAGAGGAAUGACAACUCAGGAGACAGCGAGAGAAGUGACUUCUUGUUUACCUCCUUGAUGCUCAAGUCCGACAAGCUCCCAGGGAUGCUGCGGAAAAACAACCACAGCCCGUAUGUCAGACGGGUGGCUUGGAUCCGGGAGAUACAGAGGCUUCUCCGGGAGCAGAGGAUGGAGCAGGCAGCUGAAGUGCUCAAACUGCUGAGAAAGGAUUUGGGACUCCAGGGGACGUCACUCAAUGAAAUUUUGUACAAGAACGCAGCUUUUCUCAACCUGGUGGACCCCAUUUCUCAUGAGCUGCUGCUCAGUCUCGCACGGGACCUGCAGUGUCCAAAAAGGGAGACCGACUCGACCAAGUCCACCAACAAGAUCUGUCGCCAGCUGAUUUACCACCUGACCCCUCACUCCAAGUGGAUGAGACAGAGCGUGCCCAGGAGGAAGUCUCAGGCCUGUCUGAAGACCACCCUGAAGAAGAAACUGUCCGGUGAUGUCGUCAACCUUUCGGGCAUCCCGCUGUCGGGCCGAGACGUCCACCGCGUGGCCUUCUACCUCCAGAGCGGCAGUGACGCCGUGUCGGCUGUGGACCUGAGCUUCACCGAGCUGCAGGACGAGAGCUUACGGCUGCUGCUGCCCUUCCUCGGCUGCCUGCCCAAACUGGCCAUACUUGCCAUUAAUGGCAACCGUCUGACAACGGCCAUCCUGAAAGACCUGACGGACGCAGUGAAGGAUCCCAAGAAGUUCCCCAGCCUGGCCUGGGUCGACCUGGGCAACAAUAUGGACAUCUUCACCGUGCCGCAGCCGCUGCUCGUGGCCCUGCGGCGUCGCUUCGGUCUACGCAGCAGCCUCCCAACCAUUUACGAGUACAGGGAGGCGCAGGCAUUCAGCGGCUACAACCCGAACAUGGAGACGUCUGUGGAGGAGCCCAGUCUGUACGAGGAGGGAGAUGCAGAGGAAGAUGAUAAAGAGGAGGAGGAGGAGGACAGGCUGGAGCUCCGGGCCUGGGGCUUCGGAGAAGAAAACACGUCAAAAAAUGUGCCACUGCACUUCUGUGGGAGGUGAUCGCCCAGAGCUGCUUUCACUUUGACCGGGUGGGCCCUUAUAUCUCUCAGUAUCACCUUAAAAUAACUUUCAAAUAAGUAACUGUGUUGUUUGUCCCUCUGGAUACUCCGCCUACUGAAACUCAGCAACAUAAUGCAGGCCGCUCUGUGGUUGAGCAGACACUAAGAAUUCAUCUAUGGAAUGAGUUUACCUUCACGUAUCCAGGAGAAAUUGAACUGAACGUGUUUGCCGUUUCCCAGUGCUUUAUGUUCCUAAUGUUUUGUGCUCUCAAAUCUUGAUGCUUCCCAUUAUUUGCCAUCGUUCACUGGGGGUUAAGUGCCUUGCACAAGGGCACCUCAACAAAAGCGCUUGAGGAAGGGGUGGAGCGUUUUUAAUUCACAUUCCCCCGAGCACAUUUAUCCAGCUGGUGUCUCCCCUCCUGCCCCAUUUCUGUGGCUGUCUGAAUAAGUCAAAGUGACUAAAUAUCCCACUUAAAAAAUUGUUUAAUACAAACUGACAUUUUUGUUAUGAUGUUUAUGUUUUUAGUCAGAACUCAACUGCAUGUUCAAAUAAAACAUGCCUCCAGUUUAUUUUCUGUCGGGACCCAGCAUCUAUUCAGGAAUUCAAAUAAAUGCUGAGUAAGUAAAUUACGCAUUCUGAAUCAAUUUUAAUUUAAACUUUCAGCACUGAUGCUUCAGUAAGUGUUGAUAUAGUGGUUCUGCAGCUGCGUAGAGAAAAACCUCAGGCAGAUACACACAUGCAGACAACACACACGCCGAUGAACUGAUUACCGCCUCUAUCAGGUUUUGUUAGGCCCCUUUAGUCACAGAUGGAGAGCAGAUGAUCUAUUUUUUCCGCAGCAAAUAGGACUAGCCCCAGAUUAUUUCAUCCACCGUUGGUUUGUGAUUGAUUCUAUUUAUGAAUCAGCCCACUCGCUUUUUCAAAGACGCACUCAGACAAUGAAACAAUUACAAACGGCUCUGCUUUUAUCUUUUCUUCUGUCGUUCUACAGCUAAAUCUUUUUUUUUUUUUUUUUUUUUUUGCAGAUGUUUAGAUUUCAUCCUUUGGUAUUGUUUUUUUAACCAUGGGCAUGACUGUUUACUGUAGCGCAACAUAACACAGACAGAGAGCAUGUUUACAUGUACAUUAAUGUUUUGUUAAAUUUGAGAUUCUUUUUAAGGGGAUUUGAUAAACAAUUGGUGCAUGUAUAGACUACUGCCCACUUUACCCUGUCUACAGAUGUUAAUGUGGUCUGUUCUCUUUCCAUGCUAUUAUUCAGGAAAAGCUGUUUGUUUACAGGGAUAUUAAUGAGCAGGAUGGUUGGUUUGUGUGUGCGUAUGUGUAGUGUAUGUGUGUGUGUUUGUGCAUAAUUAAGAGUGUGUGCCAGUGUGCAUGAGUGUGUUGUGGACAUGCAGAGUAAAUCACUACCUUUGAUCGUAGAAAUUCAAUAUUUACUCAUUUGCACUUUAAGGACGACUUCGUCCCUGAAUGCACAAACUUUGUUUUCAUGGUUUUUGUUCAUAUAAAAACGACUCACUGAGUCACCAACAUCCUAAAAUUAAUGUUUUAUCUCAACUUUUUCAUUUGAUGAGACAAACCAUCGACCUUUAUACAAAUCACUGUCAGAAUAAAAUCAGCUGUAAAUUUACUUUAUUUGGAUUUUGGCUCAUUAAAUCAUGGCUCGCUUUCAAAGUAAAAAGUUGUGUUU